AUGAUGCGCGAACAGGUUGUUGGCAACAUUCUUCCGAGCCCUGGAUCUCCCCCCGGAAUGACUACAUCCAAAAGCUCAAAAUCAUCCUCCUUCCAGUCGCUUAAUAGUGAUGACGGCAGCGUCCUGGCCGACGUUGGCCACUUCGAAGACAUUGGCCUGGACGAUGACAAUGUCACCCUCAAAGUCAAUGUUCGCCCAGGACCAACGCCAUUGACCACCUCGAUUGGGCGCAAUUUGGCAGGCGGAAAACGGCCACCGGGCCCAAAACCGCGCCGGUCGUUUCCAAACCUCCAAACAAACGUCUACGCAGCUAAUCCCCGAAGCACAAGCCUCGCCGGCCUCACGGAUCCGCGCUCGCUCUCCUUAAAUCGAGGACAUUCUACAACAUCUUUACUUGUGUCCCAAAGAAAUCGCAGCACCAGUCCCGGUUUAUCUCUGAACCCCAGGGACGUCAACCUGCCGUCAAAGCCGCAGCCCAGACCCCGGAGGGGAAGCUGGCAGGCGAGCCGUGAGCGCAAGAGCUUGCAAGAGCUUGAACAUGAGUGUGAUGAGGACGAUGGCGAUGACAUUCCCGAUGGCGUGGUCCUUGAAAACGUUCCCAUUUCUCCCCGCCCUGCUCACGAGCGCCCCCCAAGUCGAGCUCCGUCAGUUUCACCGUCACCAGACCGUGCUCCCAAAGAACGGGUACGAAGCGUUGGGAAUGGCACACCAGCCGUUGCUCAAGCACAGGGGUCGCUGCGCUCUCCAUCGUGGAAAGCGGAUGCCACCGACAAAGCGCCUCCAAGCCCUCUUAAACUACGCGCCAAUAGCUGGAAUCUGGCUCUCGCAGAAUUGAAUGCUGAAUCCAAAGCCUUGACCGAGAAGUUGGAGGAGCAUGCGGACGAGCUGUAUGACCGAUUCAGCAGGCGGCCUUCUGGAUCAGCCAGACCCAACACCUGGGACUCCAGCCAGUUGCCUUACGAUCAUGUGUACGACAAAAAGGAACGAGUCAAGUCGUCAACACCCGAGUUACCUCCGUUACGUAGAACAAACAUCAUGGUCGAUCCUCUACCUAUUUCCAAAGAGAAGGAAGCUGUUCUCAGCCGGACACGACCGUCCUGGCUGCCACCCAAGGAUCCAGCCGAAGAGCGCCGUCACCUCAAGCAGUAUCAGAAAAUGAUGGCCGCCAGUGCCAAGGCAGAUGAGAGACGUGAAGCCGCGCGACGUUCUAGAACAGAGUCCCGGGACAACACCGCUGACAAUCUUAUGCAUAUCUGGGAAGGCGAUAUUAUCCCACGGUGGAAUGAUGCCAUACGCGAGAGACGAACGAGGGACAUGUGGUGGCGGGGAGUUGCUCCCAGAAGUCGUGGUCUCGUUUGGGCUCGUGCCAUUGGCAAUGAGCUUGGUCUGACGGAAGCUACUUUUCGGACGGCUUUGGCACGAGCCCAGGAUUUGGAAGAGCGUGUUCGGACCGACCGGGCGGAUGCUGAAGAUACCAGACGAGCCAAAUGGUUUGAGCACAUUCGCAAAGAUGCAAGCAAUAAGACCUGGAAAGACCUCAAGAUCUUUGAGAUCACCGGACCGCUACACCAGUCGUUGGUGGAUGUGCUCAGUGCAUACGCCAUGUACAGGAAUGACAUUGGUUACGUGUCUGGGUGUAAUACCAUUGCAGCAUUGCUCCUUUUAAACCUCCCGAAUGCCGAAUCAGCUUUUGUUGCGCUUGCCAACGUAUUGAACCGACCUCUACCUCUAUCAUUCUUCACCGCCGACGAGACAGCACAAGCCUCUGCCUAUAAUCUGGCUUUACAGACACUUGGCCACAAAUCGCGACCGCUUCAUGAACAUUUGACCAAAAUUGUGCAGGAUCUGACGCCGGAGCUUUACUUGGCCGACAUGUUCCUCAGCAUGUUCACUGGCAAUCUUGCUAUUGACGAAGCAGCACGCUUAUGGGAUGUGUAUGUGUUUGAGGGCGAUGCCUUACUGGUUCGAGCCGCCGUGGCGCUGUUGCUCUCUCGUGAAAUGGCCCUUCUUGGGAGCAAGACUUCUGAAGAGGUCGUGGCUGUUAUGGCACGGGUAAACUCGAGUCCUGGAUCAGCACGGGCUGUAGGUGAAGUUGGAGCCGAGGACCGAUUCAUGGCAGCAGUCCGUGACGCUGGAAAGGCUUGA